CUCGACACACAAAACUACAAGAGGCUGAUAAAGAAACAGACACAUUUCCAUACAUUUCGAUUAUCCUCAAGAUGAAGAGCUUCACCGUUGCAGUAGCCGCUGCCAUCAUGCUGACAUUCAUCUGUCUGCAGCAAAGCUCUGCAGUCCCACUCCCCGAGGACCACGAGCAGGUGGAGCUACUGGGUGAAGGACUUGCUGCAGAUCAAGAUCUCCAAAAGGAAUCAUGGAAGAUGCCGUACACCAUCAGACAGCAGCGUGAAGCUCGCGGCUGCCGUUUCUGCUGUGGCUGCUGUGGCAUGUCUGGAUGUGGUGUUUGCUGCCCGUUCUGAGAGAAAUCCUGGAGUUAUUACAACAGCAACUGUCUGCAGAAACUCCACAUGUAUCAUCACACCUGAGAUCAUUUAAAUUUGAUGUUUUAAUUAAACUCAAUGAUCACUAAA